GGGUGGAGCCGAGUGUCAUCUGAGGGCAGGUCGUUUCUAAUACGUAGCCAGUCCGUUGUCUGGCCGUGUUGCUCUCCGGGUGGAGUUAGCCUACAGAUCCGCAAGACAAAGGCAAGUGAUUGACCAGUGAAGCCCUCCUCCACCGGAGCAGGACGUAACGGGACCAAAAGGGUUAGUGAACUGUCCCCUGAGAGGCAGAGACACCCCCCUUUUGCCCCCGAUGAGAACCACCUGCUGUGCCUAGUUGUGACAUUGUUUACAUGUCUGUCCCCCGGUGGGAGGACAUCUGCCAAAAAACUAGAGCCGCCUUUUGUUGACUUUACAGUUCUGCCCCCUGCGGAACAACACCGAUGGAAGGUGAAGUGAUGAAAUUAUGUGAAAUUGCCCAAGAGGGCAACGUCGACAUGGCCAUUUGUACUUGUGUUGAUUCUCUGUUCCACGUGAGGAGCUCCAACCCCUAGUUGUCUCGAUGACGGCCUUUUUCUGACAUAAGACAAGGGCCACUUCGGGGGCCAGGAGGGUGAAGUGCUUCUCAGUCAUCGGAUUUUCCACAGUGUGACAGACCCACCCCUCAACUUCGAGAUGGAGCUCUCCUUCAACCCUUUCGACAACCUGGUGUGUAUCCUGCUGGGCAUCUCCCUCACCGUGUGGUUCACCCUGCUGCUGGUCUUCAUCAUCGUGCCUGCCAUCUUCGGGGUGUCCUUUGGCAUCCGGCGUCUUUACAUGAAAACCUUAUUGAAACUCUUUGAGUGGGCCACACUGCGGAUAGAGAGAGGAGCAAAAGAAAACAACCACCACUUGUACAAACCCUACUCCAAUGCCAUCAUUGCCAAGGAGCCCACCUCCUUGGAGGAGGAGAUCAAGGAGAUCCGGCGGAGCGGCAGCAACCGGGAACUGAACUCGGCACCGGAGUUUGAGAUGUCCGACAUCUUCUAUUUCGCUCGGCGAGGAGUGGCGAGCAUCAUGGACGACGAGGUGACCAAGCGGUUCUCUGCUGAGGAGUUGGAGUCCUGGAACCUGCUGACCCGCAGCAACAACAACUUCCACUACAUCAGCCUCAGGCUGACCGUCCUGUGGGGGCUGGGCCUGCUGAUCCGCUACGGCUUCCUGCUGCCUCUCAGGGUGACUCUCGCCUUCACUGGUGUCGGCCUCCUUGUGUUCCUCACGUGUGUGAUUGGGCUGCUGCCAAACGGAAGGUUAAAAAACUUUCUCAGUCAGAAAGUCCACUUGAUGUGCUACAGAAUCUGUGUCAGAGCUCUGACUGCCAUCAUAACCUACCAUGACAGUGAGAAUAAACCCAAGAACGGAGGUCUCUGCGUCGCCAACCACACCUCGCCCAUAGACGUCAUCAUCCUGGCCAGCGACGGCUGCUACGCCAUGGUUGGCCAAAUUCACGGUGGCCUGAUGGGGGUCAUUCAGAGAUCCAUGGUCAAGGCCUGCCCACACAUUUGGUUUGAACGCUCAGAAGUCAAGGACAGACAUCUAGUGGCCAAAAGAUUGAGUGACCACGUAGAAGAUAAAUCUAAACUGCCCAUUCUAAUUUUCCCAGAAGGUACUUGCAUUAACAACACAUCAGUUAUGAUGUUUAAGAAGGGCAGUUUUGAGAUUGAUGCCACAGUCUACCCUGUGGCCAUAAAGUACGACCCCCGAUUUGGAGACGCUUUCUGGAACAGCAGCAAGUUUGGAAUGGUCAACUACCUGUUACGUAUGAUGAGCAGCUGGGCCAUCGUCUGCAGUGUGUGGUACCUCCCCCCCAUGUCCAGAGAGGAGGGGGAGGAUGCUGUACAGUUUGCAAACCGUGUGAAGGCCGCCAUAGCCAGGCAAGGCGGACUGGUCGACCUCCUGUGGGACGGGGGAUUGAAGCGAGGCAAGGUAAAAGAUACCUUUAAAGAAGAGCAGCAGAAGCUGUACAGUAAAAUGCUGGUGGGCACCCAGGAGGACCGCAGUCGCUCCUGAGGGACCUGUGUGCAGGUGGACUGGACCAGAGACCCACUUGGGCACCUCCUGACUAAAAAGGCAGUCAGCAGUGCUCCCUCGCCGCAGGCGCUCUUGGGCUGGAAAAUGUCCCUCUCUGAUGUCAACAGUACUCCAUUUGGCUUCCUCGGUCACUGCCUCAGGCUUGUUCGGUGUGCGUCGUUGUCCCGGGUCAUCCUGAGCUCGCUUCCCUUUGUUGGAAUAGCUCGACCGAAGCCCUGCUUGUGUUAGAGUGAAAAUAAGAAGCGCACAGAAAAGGAACAUUGUCUUUCUUGUAAGCAGUUUUUUGUGGGAAACCGUGUAUUGUUAUCUAUCAUUGAGUUACUGUCUUUGUUUGGUAGUUUCAGCCUUUUAAGUUUCAUUUAACUGUCAUGUUUGUAUCACACUGUGUUACAGUUACAAAGAAAGCUAUUGUAAUAAUAACUGGUUUGUUCUAAAGCUAAAACCUGGGACUGAGUUGGAGUUUUGCAUGACUGGGUUGGGCCCAUGAUUUGGGGCACAAUGCCAGAUUUUGUUACAUUACAGAUAUUUUUAUGGGCUUUUUCCAAGAGAAAAAAAAUGUAUUUUAAGCUUUGUGUUUUACAUUAAGACUUGUAUCAAAACAUGUGAUCACUGUAGAAGCUACAUCUCAGAUGAGCUCUUCAUAUGUCGUCUGUUUCAUUUUUCUCUUCCGUGGAAUGUGUAAAUCGUCACAUUGUGAAAUGGAAGUUGUGGACCCACAGUUACUCAAAUGGAGGUUUGUGUACUGAGGUAGAUAGUUCUCAAUGUUCUAGCUAAUCGUGAAGCAUAAUGGAAGUGAAAGGGUAUAACUUGAGUUCCGUGAGACGGUGUUCAGGAUCCACUUUAAAGCCCCAUUGCACACAGGUAGUGACGUUUUGACCAUCACAAUGGAACUCCUGACAAUAAUGACAAUUCGCUGAUUCAUUCUCAUACUAAUUAUCGUCCUAACAGCCAUCAUGUUCUACAUUGAUUUUUUGCUCAUGCAGUGCCCAUCUUGCCUAAUUUAUUUUAAGCCAACUCUAAAAGCUAUUUUCUUUAUCCCCCACCCCCUCGAUGGUGAUCUUUCUCUCUGAGGAGAGCGCUUCAGUAGCCUCAGACUCAGGCUGGAGUUGAGGCGGUUUCUCCCAGAGGCCCUCUGUUAACAUGAAGAGUCAUUUGGGUUGUGUCGUUUCUGUUCAUCAAAAUAAAUGUUCAAGAAUGUGA